CGCUGCCGGAAACCACUGCUAACUGUCGUGAGCGCUGUGUUUACGAAGCUCCCUGAAACCUGAAAUCAUGUCAUAAUUGAUUGAAGAAAUGUGGAGUAGUCAGUGAGUAACGCGACUGUUAUUUAAAGCGCCGUCACUCGCGUUUCUGAGGAGACCACAGUGUUUCAGAGUAGAUUAAGCGCUUUAUGUUCACUGUCAUGAUUCACUUUAAUCUUAUCUACAGGUUAAACCUGUCAAACUGAUGUGUGAAGAUGAGCUGCAGCGAGUGUCGCACUGUACUGGUGACCGGAGGCGCGGGAUUCAUUGGAUCUCAUCUGAUCUCUGCUCUGGCCGAGAGAUUCCCACACUGGCGCAUCAUAAACAUUGAUAAUCUCCAGCGCUGCUCGAGUCUGCAGAACCUGCGGGGCGUCGAGGGAAACCGCUUCUACACAUUCAUCCCGGGCGAUGUUUGCGAUCCACUCUUCAUAGACCGCCUCUUCUCGUCGCAGCACAUCGAUGUCGUCUUCCACUGUGCGGCUGAAACUCACGUGGAGAGCUCGUUCCUGCGGCCGGCGCGCUUCAUGCGUGUGAAUGUGGACGGCACCGGGGUUCUUGUGCGAGCGGCGCUGCGGGCUCGAGUCCAGCGCUUCAUCUACAUCAGCACUGACGAGGUGUACGGACACAGUGUGGACCAGCCGUUCGAUGAACUGAGUCCACAAAGACCCACCAACCCGUACUCGUCUUCCAAAGCUGCGGCGGAGAACAUGGUGAUGUCCUACUGGACCCAGCACAAGUUCCCGGCGUUGAUCACGAGGAGCAGUAACGUGUACGGGCCGCGUCAGUAUCAUGAGAAGGUGAUUCCCAGAUUCCUGUCGCUCAUUCAGCAGGAGCAGAAAUGCACGAUCCAGGGCUCCGGCCUGCAGUCCAGACACUUCCUGUACGUGAGCGACGUCACAGACGCCUUCCUGACGGUGAUGGAGAAGGGCAUUCUGGGGGAGAUCUACAACAUCGGGAGCAGCUUUGAAAUUCCCAUCAUUCAACUGGCCAGAGAACUAGUGAAAAUGAAAGUGAAGAACGUCUCCUGUGACGCGCUGGAUGACUGGAUGGAGUUUGUUGAAGACCGUCCUGUGACGGAGCUGCGGUAUCCCAUGAGGUCCGAGAAGCUGCGCCGGCUCGGAUGGAGACCCAGCGUCACGUGGCAGGAGGGAAUCCGGCGCACCAUACAGUGGUAUGAGGAGAACCCAAACUACUGGCCGUUGACCAGUGAAGAUCAGGAGCACUCGCCAGAGUCAUGUGACCAGACGCUUCACAUCCAGUGCCUUUUCAAGUCAGACAAUACAGUCUAGCUCUGUAUUAAGUCUAAUUGUUUAUGGGAAUAUUUUGUAUAUUAAUUUAUGCAAGUGUCAGUCGAUGAAGAACAUGAGAAACUGUUUUCCAGUUAAAAAGACCAAAAGUUGAAGAUUUUUAAACUAUUUAUAAAGCUCAUUUUGAAGAGACUCGAGCUCAGUUUCGGACUGUUUGUGCUCAGCUCGUUGAUUAUGAAAGAUAAAGCUUCAUUUGUAUAAUUACAUGUAUUGUUUUCAAUCUUAUUUAUGCUUUAAUAAAAAGGGUUUGACAGGCUUGUAAUGAGCGUCUGUUGAUAAUGAUCACCGU